CUGAAUACGUGAUUGACUGUGGUUACAUUAUUGUCAGAAUUAUUUUACAUUGUUUCUUGGUAAUUAAUUUAAGAAAUGUCUUUAACAAGUUUAUUACCUGUACCCAAUCAAGUUGUUUGGGAUAGAGAGGAUGAAGCUCGUGAACAAAAAUUACGUCAACGUCCAGUCUCUGCUUUGGUUAAGGCUGUUAUUACAGCACCACCCUAUGGUCAAAGAAAAGGAUGGGUUCCACGGAAUGGAGAGGAUUUUGGAGAUGGAGGUUCCUUUCCAGAAAUUCAUGUCGCUCAAUAUCCAUUGGGAAUGGGAAUGAAAGGAAAAGAAACGACAAGCAAUGCAUUAGCAGUUCAACUUGAUGCAGAAGGAAAAGUUAAAUACGAUGUAAUAGCUCGACAGGGUCAUUCUAAAGAUAAAAUAGUUUAUAGCAAACUCAGUGAUUUGUUACCAUCUGAAAUAACAAAUGAAGAGGAUCCUUCCUUACAACGUCCAGCUGAUGAUGAAAUCGAUGAAAUUACUGAGAAAACGAAGAAAGCUUUAGAAAAAAUUACUAGAUCUAAAAUAGCUGCUGCUAUGCCUGUCAGGUGUGCAGAAAAACAAGCACCAGCUCAAUAUAUUCGUUACACUCCUUCGCAGCAAGGACAAUCUUUUAAUUCGGGUGCCAAGCAAAGAGUUAUUAGAAUGGUAGAAGCUCAGAUUGAUCCAUUGGAACCACCAAAAUUCAAAAUUAAUAAAAAGAUUCCACGUGGUCCACCUUCUCCACCAGCACCGGUUAUGCAUUCUCCGACAAGAAAAGUAACAGUAAAGGAACAGAAAGAAUGGAAAAUACCACCUUGCAUCAGUAAUUGGAAAAAUGCUAAGGGUUAUACGAUUCCCCUUGAUAAACGUCUAGCUGCAGAUGGUCGUGGGUUACAACAAGUUCAUUUAAAUGAAAAUUUUGCUAAAUUAGCAGAAGCUUUGUAUAUUGCCGAUAGGAAAGCUAGAGAAGCUGUUGAGAUGAGAGCUCAAUUGGAGAAAAAGUUAGCGCAGAAGGAAAAAGAGAAGAAGGAGGAUCAUUUGAGACAACUUGCUCAGAAAGCCAGAGAAGAACGUGCAGGAUUAAAAUCCAGUGCAGCAUUAGAUAAGGCAGAAGAAUCACGCGAAAGAGAUCAGUUAAGACAAGAAAGACACAAGGAUCGUGCAAGAGAUAGAAAUCUAGCACGUGCUGCACCAGACAAGAGAUCUCGUUUACAACGAGAACGUGAACGUGAUAUUAGUGAACAAAUUGCACUUGGACUUCCAGCAAAGAGCAUUCCUACUUCCGGAGAAGCACAAUUUGAUCAGCGCUUGUUUAAUACCAGUAAAGGAAUGGACAGCGGUUAUGGUCAUGACGACGAGUACAACGUUUACGAUAAACCAUGGAAAGAUGCUAACUCUAUUGCUUCCCACAUCUAUCGACCAAGCAAAAAUAUCGAUAAGGAUAACUAUGGAGAUGAUUUGGAAAAACUCGUUAAAACGAAUAGGUUCGUACCAGAUAAAGAAUUUAGUGGUACUGAUAGAUCAACGACACGAUCUGGACCUGUACAAUUUGAGAAAGAUGAAGAAGAUCCAUUCGGUUUGGAUCAAUUCUUGAAACAAGCUAAGCACGCUACAAGUUCAACUAGUACAACUAAACGUAAAGAAGACAGAGAUCAACGUCGUGAUGAACGCGAUAAACGUAGGAAACAUUAAUAAUUCUUUCUUUAUAUUUUCUUUUUUAAACAUCUCUUAUCAAUUGUAUCAUAUAUUUAUACAA